UGUCUUCCGUGAAUCUACUAGAAAGAUGACUCCUAAUUGCAAAUUGGUGGUACUCAUCUUAUCCUUCAGCUGGCUUGAAGGGAUAUAUGCGGCUGCCUUUUCUAACGUGGUAGUUCAAAGAGGUCCUGUGGAGUACAUAAAUUACAAUCCAUCUACAUUUUCAUUCACUAAGUCUCAAUUAGCCCAAUUAUCUUCAUCUCCGUUGGAGCAAGUUGUAUCUAUACCUGCAGUUUCUCCAUGCGUCGCGCCAUGUGUCAUUCCAAGCCAACCCAUAUCUGCACUGGCAUCUUUACCUGCCGCAGCUAAUGCAAAAAUCGUUGGCUAUAGAUCACCGUUGCCAAAUGUACCUAUUUUAUUGGCAAAAAAAGAUGAGGCUACAGGCUACCAAUACGCAUAUGCUGUUUUUGACGAACAAACUGGGGACAAGAAGACUCAAAGUGAACAGAGUGAUGGGUCAGUAGUGCAAGGCCAAUAUUCGUUCGUUCAGCCAGAUGGAUUUCGUCGAGUUGUCAUUUACACCGCAGAUGACACGAAAGGAUUCAAUGCCGUAGUAAGAAAUAUUUCGCCGGAACAAGAACAUCCUGUAGAAGAAUCACUUGAAGUCAAUAAGGAAAGUAAACCAGUAGUGCUUCCGUGCCCUGAGAAUAAAAAUGAACAUCUAACCAAUGAGCAAGUUAAUGAAGAGAGUUCUGUAGAAGCUACUAAAGGAGUUGAACAAAUGGAUGAUAAAAAGAUUGAAGAAAAAAGUGCUGAAAAAAGUAUCGAGAAGGUAGAGGAACAUGCGCAAGAAGAGCCUCAACCUCAGUCUGAGCCUACAGGAUUUAACACUAACAUACCAAACUCUAUUAUUUCUUAUAAUGAUGUAAUCAAUUGCCUUCAAGCUAAACUUCAAGGCACGAAAAAUGUAGUAUCUCCCUUAACUUAUUUGUUCAACCAAACACACAAAAUGUUCAGCAAAAUCUUAGCCUUUGGUGCCAUGCUGGCUGCAGCUAACGCUGGUCUUCUGCACGGACACGCUCCCGCCAUCUCUUCACAGAGCAUCAUUCGCCACGACGAGGGUCACUACUCCGCCCCUAUCGCCUACGCCGCUCAUCUGGGUCACAGCGCCCCUCUGGCUCACGCCGCUCCCCUGGCUCACGCCGCCCCCAUCGCAUAUGCCGCAUACGCUGCUCCUGCCGCCCAUUACGAUGGACAUGAUGAAUAUGCUCACCCCAAAUACGACUUCGCAUACUCAGUAGCUGACCCCCACACCGGUGACCACAAGUCCCAGCACGAGAGCCGCGACGGUGACGCCGUGCACGGAUACUACUCCCUGGUGCAGCCCGAUGGCUCCGUCCGCAAGGUCGAAUACACCGCUGAUGCUCACAAUGGUUUCAACGCCGUGGUGCACAACUCUGCUCCCUCCGUACAUGUCGAACCCGUCCACGCCUACCACCAUUACUAACUUUUCUAAUUUAAAAUAUAAAUUAUAGUCUACGUGUUUAAAAAAAAUGAAUAGUUUCAUUUCUAUAAUAAUUUAUAUUUUUAUA